AUGAAGCUCUCUUGCGUCACCGCGGUCUUGGCUUUUGUCGCUGGGUCUUUGGCCCUCCCCAACAUGCCUAUCAACAACGUUCUUGUUGAGCGAGACGGGGGCGAAGUCCUGACACGGAACACGGACUACGUUAUUCCCAUUGAUAAACGGGAUGAAAACCCGGCAACCGACUACGUUAUUCCGAUCGACAAAAGGGAUGACAGUCCAGCAACAGACUAUGUCAUUCCCAUCGACAAGAGAGAAGAACCCGGCGCUGACCCCGGGGGCGACAGUCCUGCCAUAGAUUAUGUUAUCCCUAUCGACAAGUGA